ACUGGUCGCAACCGGAAGAGGCGGGGCCAUGAGGCGGAAGCGCUCUGUGCGCCUGCGUGGAGCGUUUCCGGGAAGUGUGGCCUCCGAGUGCUAAGCCCGGAGUGCACGUGGAGUGCUGCGCGUCAUACGGAGGGCCUCUCUCUGGCUUGAACCCGCUUUCGGUACCAUGGGGCGCAAGUUGGACCCUACAAAGAAGGAGAAGCGCGGUCCCGGCCGGAAGGCUCGGAAACAGAAGGGUGCUGAGACAGAACUCACCAGAUUCCUGCCUGCAGGUGAUGAAAAUUCUAAGAGGCUGUCUAGUCGUGCUCGAAAAAGAGCAGCCAAGAGGAGGUUGGGCUCUACUGAAGCCCCUAAGAGAUAUAAGUCUCAUGGGACCAAACUUUUGGCUGGAAAGCUACCAAAAGGGAUCUCUACAGGAGCUGUCCAGACAGCUGGUGAGAAGGGAGCCCAGUCCUUAUUUAAUGCUGCUCGAGGAAAGAAGCGCCCAGCACCAACCCAUGGCAGUGAUGAGGAAGAGGAGGAGGAAGACUCUGAAGAAGAUGGUGUGGUCAACCAGGGGGACCUCUGGGGCUCUGAGGACAGUGAUGCUGAUAUGGUAGAUGACUAUGGAGCUGACUCUGAUUCCCCGGAUGAGGAUGAAGAGUUGCUGCCCAUUGAAAGAGCUGCUCGGAAGCAGAAGGCCCAGGAAGCUGCUGGGGGCCAGUGGAGUGAGGAGGAGACAGAGGAAGAGGAAGAAGUGUCCCCUGAGUCAGGCUCCACAAAGGAGGAGGAGACAGAUGGGGGCCUGCAGAUCAAUGUGGAUGAGGAAGAGCCAUCUGUGCUGCCCCCCGCUGGGGAGAUGGAGCAAGAUGCCCAGGCUCCAGACCUGCAAAGAGUUCACAAGCGGAUCCAGGAUAUAGUGGGAGUUCUGAAUGAUUUUGGGACUCAGCGGGAGGAAGGUCGGUCUCGUUCUGAAUAUCUGAAUCGGCUUAAGAAGGAUCUGGCGAUUUAUUACUCCUAUGGAGACUUCCUGCUUAGCAAGCUCAUGGACCUCUUCCCUCUAUCUGAGCUGGUAGAGUUCUUGGAAGCUAAUGAGGUGCCUCGGCCCAUCACCCUCCGGACCAAUACCUUGAAAACCCGCCGACGUGACCUUGCUCAGGCACUAAUCAAUCGUGGGGUUAACCUGGAUCCUCUGGGCAAGUGGUCAAAGACAGGACUAGUGGUAUAUGAUUCUUCAGUGCCUAUUGGUGCUACCCCUGAGUACCUGGCUGGGCACUACAUGCUGCAGGGAGCCUCCAGCAUGUUGCCAGUCAUGGCCUUGGCACCCCAGGAACAUGAGCGGAUCCUGGACAUGUGUUGUGCCCCUGGAGGAAAGACCAGCUAUAUAGCCCAGCUGAUGAAGAACACAGGGGUGAUCCUUGCCAAUGAUGCCAAUGCUGAGCGGCUCAAAAGUGUUGUGGGCAACCUGCAUCGGCUAGGAGUCACCAACACCAUCAUCAGUCACUAUGAUGGGCGCCAGUUCCCCAAGGUGGUGGGGGGCUUUGACCGAGUGCUGCUGGAUGCUCCCUGCAGCGGCACAGGGGUCAUUUCCAAGGACCCAGCUGUGAAGACUAAUAAGGUGAGGGGUCGAGGGGUGGGACCAGCUAAGAGGCCUUGGCUGGGUCUUGCGGAAUUGGAAAGUGAAGUAGAGGAGUUCUCUGGGCAGUCAGUUGCUCACCUCUUCUCCCAACACCACUGGAUCUCUCUUUGGGGACAGGAUGAGAAGGAUAUCCUGCGCUGUGCUCACCUUCAGAAGGAGUUGCUCCUGAGUGCUAUUGACUCUGUCAACGCCACCUCCAAGACAGGAGGCUACCUUGUCUACUGCACCUGUUCUAUCAUGGUGGAAGAGAAUGAAUGGGUGGUAGACUAUGCCCUGAAAAAGAGGAAUGUGCGGCUGGUGCCUACAGGCCUAGACUUUGGUCAGGAAGGUUUUACCCGCUUUAGAGAAAGGCGCUUCCACCCCUCUCUUCGCUCUACCCGACGCUUCUACCCUCAUACCCACAAUAUGGAUGGUUUCUUUAUUGCCAAGUUCAAGAAAUUCUCCAAUUCUUUUCCCCAGCCCCAAACAGGAAAUUCUGCAACAGCCAGCCCUACAAAUCUAGACUUACCUGACUUGAAGGGUCAGGUCACCCCCAAGUCUGAGAACAGUAGUCAGCCAGCCAAGAAGGCCAAAGGGUCUACAAAGGCAAAGCAGCAAUUGCAGAAACAACAGCAUCAUCCCAAGAAGGCCUUCCAGAAGCUGAAUGGCAUCUCCAAAGAGGCAGAUUCAGAAUUGUCCGCUGUACCUGCUGUCACAAAGGCCCAAGCCUCCUCCAAGCUCCAGGGGAGCAGUCAGCCAGCUGAAAAAGUUGAAGUGACUGGGGAACCAAAGGUGACUGGGAAGCUAAAGCAACGAUCACCUAAAUUGCAGUCCUCCAAGAAAGUUGUCUUUGCGAAGCAGAAUGCCCCUCCUAAGAGCAUGGACACAGAAAUGUCUGCUGUGCUAUCUGUCUCCAAGACCCAGACCACCCCGAAGCCUAAGGAUCGUCAUCAGCCCCUUGGGAAAGCCAAAGGGCUGGAGAAGGCAAAGCAGCACUUGUCAGAGCAGCCUUUUCAGAAACAGAAUGGCACCCCUAAAGGGCCUCAGAUUCCCACUGUUUCUCUGCUGAGUUCCAGCCGGCCCCCACCAGCAAAAAGGAGGAAAUCUCGGUCCAGGGACAACAGCCAGCCACUGCUGUCUUAGAUGAAUGGUUGAAAACUAGACUGAGGUGGCUCACUGCUAUCGUCACUGGGUUGGAACGCUUACCUCUGUGAGGAUGGCUUCCCCACUGUGCGUACCCGUGAAAUGUAAUACACGUUUUACAACCUCUG